AUGAACUUAAAUGACUUAUCUGAGGAUCAAAAGGAGUUGUUACAACCAAUUUUAAGGUUGAAAACAGAUGUUUCACUGGAUUCUUUGGUUAUAUUGCGUGACGUUUUCAAGGAUUUGUCCAAAACUUACAACACAUUUGCUUCAUCCAUAAAGGACAUUGAGAAAAAGGUCGCAUCUUGUUAUAAUAUUGCUUCUUCGGGAAAUGUCUCACAGGAAGCCUGCGACGCUUUACUCUCUGUCAGAGGAGAUGCAUCCAAUGCUUCAGAUAUAAUCCUUUCAGUAACCGCAGAACAAUCUGGAUUUCUAAAGGUUAUACAAACUCUAAUCAGUACAUUGAAUCGCAUGCAUGAUGAGGGUAUACUAUUAUCUACAUCUUUAGACAACUCAGUUGUGAACCCGUUAUCUUCAUUUGCUGAGGAAUACCUAGGAGCAUUUGGAAAAGAUGAAAAACGUACACAGCGAGAUGACAUUUCUAGUUUCAUACCAAAUCUUCAAGCUUUUAAACGCACACCAGGAUAUUCACAUAGCAGAAUCCGCAAAUACAUUGACAAUGUAUUAAAGUCAUAUAGAGACCUGCAAGAUUGUAUAAACUAUGAAAAAGAAUUGAAUGACAAAAUUUCUUCUGAUAAAGAUAACCCAGUUAACACUAAAACGAUUUUAAAAGCAAAAAAUCGUACCAUACGUGCCAAGGUAAACUUAACCAGACAUAUACAGGAAUUAUUUACUGCUGCACCAGAAUUGAAGGAUAUCGUAGAUUUAAAAAAUACGGAUGUUGAUACGUUGUCUAAGAUUACAAAGGUUUCUAAAAAAUAUGCUGACAGCUCAAAGAAGCAUGAAAAUUCAUCACCGAAACAUAUUGAACUUUCAUCUAGAAAAUCACAUUUUUUUGGUACGGCUGUUGAAUACCAUAGAAAUUUUUACGAUCUUGAACAACGUCGCUUGGAGUUAUUGUCUGGUUGUUUACAACUUUGGAUAGAUAAUCACGUGAAAUACAAAAAGGGAAUAUACUCACAACUCGAGAUGCUUUGGAAUGAUAUUUCCAAUUUUUCUCCGUCUAGAGAUUUUAGCCAAUUUGAGUAUACUUUAACAGGAACUCACACUCAGGAAGAUUCCUCACAUUCUAGAAUUUGGUUACCUUUGGAACCUGGGUCCAUAGAUGAUUGUAAAAAUACCAAAUUAAAUACCUUUUCCCAAAUUUCAACUCCGAUUUACCAGUCUGACAAUGAAGAUUACCAAAUUACAGAUGCCCAUUAUGCGGUUGUGGCUGAGAAUUUGCUGUCAGAUCCUGACGAAUCAAACGAUAUUUCUUUAGUUAAAACUAGCCAAAAUUUUGUAAACUGUGAAAAUGAGAAUACGUUAUCUCUUAUUGAUACGGGAAAACGGUUGGAUCAAUAUAUGAUCAGUUUAUACAAUAUAUUUGACGUUUCAUUGGAUAGAAACGUAAAAUUUGAUUGGUUAGAUUCUAAUAUUGAGAACAUUAUUCAAUUAGAACAUCACGAUCUCUAUCCAUUUUUGAUAGAUGGAAAAAAUACAAAAUAUAUAUCUCACAACGGCUUCAGACCACAGUUGGAAUAUUCUUUUAAAGAUGAUCAUAUGGAUGAUGAACAAUGGAAUUUGCUCACUUUGGAACUACUCUUGAUGAUACAUAGUUAUAUAUCCGGAUUUAUAAACCAUCCAUCUCUAUCAGGUGAAACUAAAGAUGAUUUGAGUACAUUUUUAUUCGCUAAUCUCGGAAUAUUAGAACAACUCUUGAUAAAAAUUCGCACAAUUAUAGAGGUAUACCGCGAUAAAAUUGGAAUAUCGACACUUUCCUAUUCUAUUUUGGAUGUAGUUUUAAAACCACGGGAUACGUUUUCAAACUGGAGCCCGCAUGUGUCUAUACAUAUAAUGGACAUACGCUAUCGUAUACUACUAUUGAUUGACUCACUUUCUAGAUCAGAUAUAAUACAAGAUAAAAACAUUUUUGACUUUCCAGAGUUUUAUAUGUGGAUGUAUAGACAACUGCAUAUUGUAAGAUUGUCCCUAGUUCAAAAGCUUGCAAGGGUGAUAAGAAGAAUUCCAACACACAGUAAAGAUAUUGAGCAACGUUGGAUUGCGGCAAUUUCUUCAUGUACACCUUUAAAAGAACUAGCACAUAGAUUUACAUUUAAAGAAUCCCAUACGAUUGAAGAGAUAUCUAACAAAAUAUUGUUUUCUGUCUCAGGGUGUUUGGGGAAAAUUAACAAGCUUAGAAAUUUUACACUGGUGAAACUUGAAGGAAGCCACGUUGAGGAUAUUUUCAAUUUUGAUUCAAUACGACAGCUACUAUUAGACAUAUUAGAAGAGAUGGUUUUAAUUCAAGAUUUAGAUGAAGAGCUAUCUCUAUUUUCAGAAGUUGGAAAACUUCAAAACUCGGAAGUAAACAAUGAUAAAAUUUUGACACCCACUGAUUUUUGCAUCAAUAUGAACAUUUAUAAUGAUGAAGAAAUUUCGGUUUUGGCUGAGAUACGAAAAAAGAAUUCAUUUUGUAUAAAAUCAUGCAAACCGUGCACACGUUAUGAUCCUAUUGGCAAUUUGAUGAAGCAAGUUGUUAAUGAAAAUUUGGCAAUUAAAUUUCAAAGAAAUUUGUAUUUUAGAAAACGUAUAGAUCCAGUCUUACUAUCUCCUUAUUGGACUUUAGAAGAGCCUACUGUGAUGUUAUUGUCGGAUUGUCUUCACAGGGCAUUAUCUUGUGAUGAAAUCUCAUUUACGGAUCUUCCGCAACGUUUCCAAAUGAUUAUAUAUAUCAUCUCCUUUGUACAAACAGGAAUAUUACCAAAUUUCAAUUUAUUAAAUCCAAAUGUAACUAACAAUGAAAAUUCCACAAGUUCUAUACCGCAAUUACCUGUUGUAUCCCAUUCUAUACUAGCAUCAAUUUCCUACUGGUUCUCCAAAAUUGUAAAUGAAGAAAAUGAUAAGGAUGCAACUGAGACCAGGAAAUUUGAUGCGGAUAUAAGUGUAGAUGUAAAGAAUGAUAGAAAGACUACCGAUGAUGCAUUCAAACGUUUAAGAUUAAGUGAGUUGGGUAUUCGAGGCAGUCUAAUUGCUACAAUGCAAAAUGUUAAAAUAACUGAAGCAAUGGCCAAACAACUAUAUCUUUUCUUUCAAUUACCAAACAAUCUAAAAUAUUUACCGAGAGGUUUAGGUGACUUGGAUGCAUACUUAUUGUUUGAUCUAGAAAAAUUUAAAAAUGGUGGAAAUUAUGAUCCAGAAGCUAUAUUACCUGAGUAUACUUUUAUCGAUAGAAAUUGUUUGGAGUUAGUUAGUUGGUCAAAUUUAGAUCAACUUUCCAAUUCGGUUACUAUGCAGAUUCAGGGCAUGCAAUUACAAAAGGUCCAUAAUAAGGUCCAUACCCUUUUGGCUACUAUAUUAAACCAUAAUGUCCCCUUGAACUUCAAUUUCAAAGGUGAAGAAUCGUUUUCUAUUCUUCUACCAUCUAAAACAGAGCGUUUUGUAUCUUCUAUUUUAUCUCUUAGACUAUUGGUAAGUAGGUUUAAAAAUGAAAUAUUUACUUGUUUGUGCAAAAAUUUGGAAUUUAUGGAGAAAAAUGCCUUUUUCUUCAUUUUAUCCAUUUUUUCAAUGAUGUACAAGGUAUUGUUUGCUGAAAUAGACGGAUCAGAAAGUUGUGGAAACACUACUGAUAUUUUUAAUGAUGAUACUGGAGAAGCCACUUCAAUCACCAACAUAUUCAGGCAUAUUGUCUUACAAAACGCAAAAGUUUUGAUUAUGCAUUGUUUAGAUAGAGUUAACGAUAAUAGUGAACCAGAAGUUGAUUCAAAUACGUUUAUUUCGUUGUUAGUUGAUGAAAUGUUACAAAUGUUACGUCAUGAAUGUACUACAAACAGUCAUGUAUGGAGUAAUUUUUUGCCAUUUUCAGAGUUCCCUUCACUUUUGUCGAAUUGUUGCAUGUUGCAACUUAAAUCAUUAUGUAUGGAUAACAGUGUAAACAUCGAUUUAAUCAUGCCAAAUUUGAGGAAAUUGAUGGUAUUACAACGGGAAUUUGACGUCAGUUACAUUAUGCGCUCUCCAUCACCUGAUCAAUCAAUUCAACAGGAACGUUUAUUAGAUUGUAUGUUUUUUAUGUUUAGAAAUAAAAAUCAUUUAAGAAAUGGAUGUAUGGAAUUGGUGGGACUUGUAAAAGACUCUACAAUUAAAGUCUUGGAUACCAAAUUUAUCGGUAUUAACGAAAUAAUACAAACAUCAAUAGAUAAUGAUGCGUGGGUACCUAUAAGCGAAAAAUCUUUACAUUCUACAGGAGCUGUAGAUCUUAUUGUUGUUUUACAUUAUUCUCUUCACGCAUCAUUUGACCUUUUAGUUCCUGUUGAGUGGUUAAUAUUACCAUUUACAAAUGCAUGUGAACAGGCAAUCAGGCAAUAUUACACUGGGAUAACAAAUAUUUAUAAUCUAAAGACUCUUUAUAACAUCCACUCUAUAAUAUAUGAAUCUGAUAAUGGACAAGAAUCCCUAGUGAGUGAAGUUACUGAGACGGAUCCUGCAGAUGUUGAUACACGUUUCACAAUGACCUAUGAAGAUUCAAGGGGGGAAGUUCAUGGAGGUUUUGAUAAAAAGAUUGGACGUAAGGGGCUAUUGAAAAACCUCAAAACAUCUAAAAAUCCGUCACACAAUGAUCUCAAACAAUAUAUAGAUCAAUUUUCAAAUACCUUUAUUGGUAAAGGCAUCCUAGAGGAUUUAGUACGUAUUUGGAAUAUGGAUUAUGUUUCUUUACAACUUAUCAAGGCACCAGAUGAGAUUUUGGGAUAUUUUUACAACCAAGUGAGGCAACGUGACACAGACUUUUCCUACAUACACAAAUUGAUUGGCACCGUUCAUAUAUCUGACCCAAAUAAUUUCUUUUUCUGUAAACCACAUCAACUCGCAGAAUUAUCGCAUUCUAAAGCCCAGAUUUCUUUGAUAUUUGCGUCUCAGCGUAUAAUGAAAAGAGAUUCAAAUCAGUAUAUUAGAGAUGUGAUCACAGUUAUUCUAUGGAAAUGGAUACUUGUUGAUUUCAAGCAAGACUUACUUAAUAAACUUUAUGUACCAAAUAUAGCAAAUGGACUAAAUGCUUCUCAGGUUGUUGACAAGUUUCCGCAUACUAUAUUAUCAUUUGUUCAAAAGAUGCCUCAACAUCAUAUAGAAUUCGCCCUAACUACGGUCUUCGAAAUAUUAAUAAAAAUAGUUCUAUACAUCCUUAAACACAUGAAAAUUAAGGGAUACAAAUUUUCCUCGAGCGAUAUAAACGUUCUUAAUAAUGAUUUGGACACACUCCAAAAUCUUCUCAUCAGUUACUCCCAAGAUGAGAAACUUUUAUCACAAAUAAAAAUAUUUGUAAGAAAAAUACCAGUUAACUUUUAA